CAGCCCAAGACAACUUUUUCUUUAAUAUUUGGAAAGUUUAACGUUAGUUGGGUUUCUCGUAGACGAUUUUAAGAAGAAAAAAUCUGGGUUUAUUAACUGCAGAACAACUUUAGGAAGUUUUUGGUUAUUUUUAGUCUUAUAAACGCCUCCUAGCAGGACCCGGUGAUCUCUCGGUUCCUUAAGAUUAAGCCGCUUUCUCAAAAGGGAUCGGACACACAGCAUAUCGCUCUUGCUUUGGUGCCACUCCCAACGGAUUAAUUUGUCGGAAUAUGGAGCAAACCCAUUAGGCACGGUAGUCUGGGUGUGUGUGGCCGAGUGGGUCGCCCCGUGUGCUGCCUUGAGUGUGCUGGAGGUCCCGCUAUAAUGGGAUGCGGACUGCGGAAACUGGAGGACCCGGAGGACAGCAGCCCGGGAAAAAUAUACUCCACUUUAAAAAGACCGCAAGUCGAGACCAAAACAGACUCCGUGUACGAGUACGUGCUACUGGACUUCAGCCUGGAAGGCAGUCGACCUACAGUGCAAUAUCUGUCCUCACUGUGUGACCUGCCCCAUGCCCUUCAGUCUUACUACACCCAGGGUUACGUACUGGCCGCACUGCAUCCCAUUAUCCUCUCUGUUGGCCGCACUCGCUCACUGCCCUGCAGCCUGCUCUACCGGGCCAUCCUGGUUCGCCCACAAUCCAGUAAACACACAGUGAUGCCAAUGAUUGACAGUGUGCCGGUGUUGCGGGUGGAGGAGUGGCCACUGCCGGGAGAAUCUUUAACCGGGGACACCGUAAAACUGCUCAUAGACAGGGUAAACAGCUAUGGCAGGGGUGGCGUGAGGUUUGUGGGCUCGGUGCUCCAGCAGGCUGGAGGAGGGGGGUGUAAUGGCAGAGUGUCCAGUCCCAGGAGGGGCUACCGCUCCCCUCCACGCACCCCACCUCGCACUCCCCCUGGAGACGGAGAUUUGGAGGGUCGUGGGUACAGCCAAGACCUGAGACUGCUGGUGCUGUUUCACUCCUGGAAUCCGGGUUAUGCACCACUGGACUCUCUGGCCUGCUGUUACCAUCAGGGGGCGCUGUCCAUGCGAGUCUCCAGGAAAGGCCAAGUUGUCAGUGGCCUGGAAGCUGAUUGGCUGGAACUGACAGCGGCUUAUUACCGCAAAGGCUGGUCAUUGGUGGACUCCUUUGUAUACUGGGACACACCGAAAGGGGAGCCAGUACCCAGGUCUUUAGAGGGCCUGUUUGUAUAUGAGGAGAUAAGCACAGCACCACCUGCCAAUGACACUAUUGUAGUAGAACAGUGGACUGUUAUAGAGGGUACAGAUGUAAAGACUGACUACGGUCCUCUCCUCCAUACAUUAGCAGAGUUUGGCUGGCUACUAACAUGUGUGCUGCCCACCCCCAUUAUUCGUCAUGAUAGUGAAGGGAAUCUCGCCACCAAGCAAGUUGUGUUCCUGCAAAGACCUGUCAGAGGCCAAACGGUACCACGGCACAACCAGGGAUCUACGGCACGAGAGGUUUCCAGUCAUUCUGUGAGUCGAGGCAUAGAGGAACCAAACACAGAGUUGUCAUCUCCGUGUUCAGGGGGGAUUGGCGGUUUCCCUGUGUUUGGAGGAGGAUAUCCCGGUGCGAUUUCCCAUCUAGAGGAGAGUGGAUUCGAGCCAGACGAGGGAGCCCCAGAGGUGACCUGUAUGUGACGGGCUAACUCAAAAAUCAAAAAAACAGCUUCUAUCCUGGGAUUCGGACUGACUAAAACGGAGUUGAUUUGAAGAUCUGCAGAAGUUUACUAGCAUUUAUAACAUCACCGGGAAACAGAGAUUUGCGUCACUGUAUUACAGACGGACUUAAAGCACUUUUUGUACAUUUUUUUUUU